AAACGACAAGAAAAAGAAGAACGAUUUUUUUUACAUACAAAAUUCAUUCCGGGUCACACGUUGCUUCCUGUGUCUGUCUGUCUCUCUGUUUCUGGUUUGAAAUAUCUAUAUUCUCGUUCAAUUUCCAUUUACAAUAACCCUAAUCGACGACGCACACAUCAAACCCUAGCUAGACCCAUAUGGCACUCAUCAACAAGUUUUGGACUUUCUCAUUCCUUCUCUUCCUCAUCGCUUCCCCUUUCCUUCAAGUUGCUAGGUGUCAGUCAGAUGAAGCUGUGGAGAAUGCUGGUGAAGUGAAUGAUAUCGGCAUUGUUGGUGAUGAAACUGAUGAUGCUCAAGACUUUGCUGACGGGAGCUUCCCUUCUGCCCCAGGCAUUAAUACCAUUGCUGUGUUCCCUAAGAAUAUUGCGAAAUUGGUAAAGGGCGGUGAAGAGGCAGAGCUGCUUGUCGGUCUGAAAAAUGAUGGGCAAUCCAGUUUGAAUGUUGUUGCAAUUAAAGCUAGUGUUCACCUUCCAUACGAUCAUCGUCUUCUUGUUCAAAACCUUACUGUUCAGGUUUUCAACAAUGGCUCGGUGCCAUCUUCAGUUCAGGCUACUUUCCCUUAUAUAUUUUCUGUCAGCAAGUUCUUGCAGCCUGGACCAUUUGAUCUUGUGGGCACCAUUGUAUACGAGAUAGACCAACAUCCAUACCAAAACACUUUCUAUAAUGGCACUAUUGAAGUUGUCGAGCCUGGUGUUUUAUUCAGUAUGGAAUCUGUUUUCCUUUUUACUCUUGGAAUUGCACUUCUUAUCCUACUUGGGCUAUGGAUUAAUGGUCAAAUACAGAACCUCUCUAAGAAAACAAAAAGAUCUUCCAAGGUUGAAGUUGGGACUAAGACUACAGAUGCCUCAAUGGACGAAUGGCUUCAGGGAACUGCAUAUACUCAGUCUACGUCGAGCAAAUCUAAGAAGAAGUAGACAUAUAAUUCAUCUCUAGUUCAGCCACACAAGACCCUUCCACGGAGUACAGAAUUCUGUAAUAGAAUAUGGAGAGAGAAUUAGCAAGAAGGUUAAAAAUUUAGGUCGUAAAGACCAGUCUUUGUGUUGUAUCUUAAAUGUAGCUUUGUUUUCCUUUGCACUGAGUUGAGCUUUAUCCAAGAAAAUACUAACAGGGAUCCGAGUUAGUAAUAUCAUACAACUUUGAACCGCAUAGUUUUGUCGGAUUAUGUUAAUUUUAUCUGGAUUUUGAUUAAAUUUGGAGUCCUGUCGCCA